GUCACCACGCCAUUUUGAGCAUUUUCGCGGGAGGCAGUAACUUGCGAAGUCUGACGAAACAGCGAAACUGGACGUGCUUUUUUGAGCCCGAAUGUUGGCCUAGCUGGUCUAUAGGCUACAGGGAAGAUGUGGAUCCUUUCCAACACCUCACAACCAGAUUGUGAAUAUCAUCUCUUGGUCGGCCAAGAAUACCAGGUUGGAAGAAAGGACUGCCCUAUACUGAUCACAGGUGAUUCGUCCAUUAGCCGAAAACAUGCAGUGCUCAAAGUGUCCCAUGUUGAGCCUAAUCUGGGCGACCACAGGAAACUUCCCAUCCUGACACUUCAGGAUCUCUCCAAGUUUGGAACAUCGGUGGGAGACCAGAAGGUCAAAGGUCAGGCCAUUCUGAAGAGUGAUGAUGUCAUCACCUUUGGUGCAGCGGUUAGCAAGUGGAAAGUUCACUACCAGCCCCUGGUUGUGACCUCCUCCAUGCUGGAAGCCUCACUGAAGAAGAAACUCAAGCAGCUUCUCCUAAGGCUGGGCGGCCAUCUUGUCCCUGAGUGGAACAAGGAAUGUACUCACCUUGUCAUGUCCAAUGUCAAGGUCACUGUCAAGACCAUCUCAGCCAUGGUGUGCUGUAAGCCUAUAGUGACUCCUGGCUUCUUUCACAAGAUGGUUGAAGCAGCAACUAGUCGAACACAGAUACCAGAGCCUGAGGACUUUGAGCCACCAGUUGCUGAGACAACCAUAAAUCCGAACGAGGUGUCCUUCAAGUCCAACCGCGAGAGAAGGACACUCUUCAAGAAGUUGAAGUUCAUCUUUUUCACACAAAAGCAGCUCAAACACCUUGGACAAGUCGUCAGCAUGGGUGGAGGAGAGACUGUUUUGAUGGAGGCUCCACCUCCUGACUGGAAGAGCUCAUUUCUGGGAGAGGGGGUUGUUGUCAUGUCAUGUGAUCCUCGCACCGUAACCGACGCCCAACAACAGAAGUGGAUCAGAGAGAGCACAAGUUUUCUCACAAAAAAUGCUCGGCGUACCGUCCAGGAGUCAGAGGUGGGUCUGGCCGUGCUGCACUCCUCGGUCGAUGCUUACUGUAAUCCAGAGAUUGACCCGGGUUGUCUACUGUUCCAGUCGCAGGCCAUCCCAUCACAGUCUCUUUCCCAGAGUGCUGAGGUGUACGUGUCAAACACAGAAUGCUCUCAGUCCCAGGGCACUGUGCCAUCAGGGCGGAGUGUGGUCAGUGACAGUAAUGUGUCAGGCCAGUCCCAGAUGCAGGCGGGGACAAGCCAACAGUCGUCACGACCCAAGAAGCCAACCAACCAGAAAAACACUCUGAUGAGUUACUUUGGACCUUCUUCUUCCAAAAAAAGGGUCAGGGAGGAUUCAGAGGCAACUGAAGACUCGGAGGCCAAACAACAACGUAGGACGGAGGACAGCACAGAAAUUACUGAGACUCCAAACACAAACGUGGAAGUGAGCGAAAAGAAGAUUGAGAUCAAACAAGAAAGAUCGCCAAUCCCGGCAACAUCCUCCAAGACUGUACCACAAAAAGAGACAAAUGUGGAAGCUAAGAAAACUCACCCACCUAAAGUAAAAGUAGAGGUAUUGACACCUAGACAGCCAGAGGCAAAACAGACAGAAGAAAACGUGUCUUCAGAUGAAGAAGAGGAUCUUUUCGGACACGGACCCAAGAGGGAGAGAAGACGGCGAGAGAUAGCUGGUUGGGAGGACGACGAUCCUUUUGAGAUGAGACCUAGUAAGAAAGAAGCUAACGAGACAUGUGAUGAUGCAGUGGAGGAGAGAGGACAGGGGGAGGGCAUGGUCAGAAGCCAUGGCAACAGUAACUAUGGCAACAGGGAGAGAGACAAACAGCAUGCUGGCUGGGACAGUGACGAUUCCCUUGAGAUGGGACCAAGAAAGCAGGAAACAAAAGAGGCAAAAUCUGAGGUAGUGGAGGAGAUUGGACAAGGGGAGGGGGUGGUCGGUAGCCAUGGCAACCGGAAGAGACCAAGAGAAGAGGAAGAGGGGGAGGAUGAGCAAUGGAGAAAAACUGUGAAGCAGCAGAAGCCAGAUUUGUCUGUUCAGCCGACAUCUACAGCACGUAAUGGAGCCUCUGCUGCAGAGGAAGAUACAGAAAGAAAGACUACAACUUCCAAGAUAAAGUUGGACAUGAACCUGCCCUCCUGUGGUCAGCUGGAGGAAGACCAGCCAUCCAACCUGACCACAGUUGACGUGGUGUCCCUGGUAGUGAGAAAGGCUCGCCCUGCCCAGCCCAGAUACACGGAGGAUGCACACGACCCCAACAAAACACCCGUCAAGAACUUCAAGAAGUUCAGGAAGGUUCCGUAUGUUGGGAUGGAGAGAGCCCUGCCUCGCAUCAUCGGGGGUAACGACCUGGUGGUCCAUGUUCCCACCAGGAUCAGUAAUGAGAUGCACAACUUCUGGCUGGAUGAGAUGGAGGAUGAGAGUCAAAGGGCAAAGGAAGAGGAAGAAGAAGAUGACCUCUUUAAAUUCGAUUUCAACCAGAAGAAGAAGACAAGAAAGUGAUGAAAAUUUCAGCUCAAAUGUAACUUGUGCAGAUCUGUAGGUCUACAUUCACAUGUAUCUCCAACACUAAGCAUACUCAGACAUAUGUUUAUAAACCUGUCCAAGGUUUAGAGAGAUUAUAAAACACUGAGAGGUCUACAUGGAAAUGGGUUCAUGAUUCUAAUUGUGCAUUAAUUAUAACACCAGC